AUGCAGAACCUCCUUCUCUCCCUGUCCCUUCUGGCUGCCGCCGUCGGCGCCCUCGACAUCGACGUCACCUUGCCCGUCGAGUGCGAACGAAAGACCCAGAAAGGCGAUAUGAUCGAGGUUCACUACAGCGGAACUCUCGCUGCCGAUGGAAAUAAGUUUGACGCCAGCUACGAUCGCGGCAAGCCCUUUAGCUUCCAGCUCGGAGGCGGUCGUGUCAUCAAGGGGUGGGAUGAGGGACUGCUGGACAUGUGCAUUGGCGAGAAGAGGACUCUGACUGUGCCACCCGAGAUGGGCUAUGGCAAGCGAGGAAUGGGCCCUAUUCCCGCUGAGAGCACUCUGGUUUUCGAGACGGAGCUCAUAGGCAUCAAGGGUGUCCCCAAGCCCGAGUCCAUCAUCACCAAGGCCUCUGCGAUUGCCUCUGACAGUGCCAGCUCAGCAACCGAGGAGGCUUCGACCAAGAUCGCGGAAAAGAUCAUUGACAAGGUUGAGGAAGCGGCCGAGGCCGUGGGCACUAUGAUCAUGGACACUGAUGAUGUGCAGGAGCAUAAUGAGCUCUAG